AUGCGUCGUGCCAGAAGAUCUCACACUGAGUCAAGCACAGCUCGGCUCGGGCAUCGCAAGUCACAUUCCGAAGAUCGCAGCUUCGCUGGACGCAUCAAGCAGACGAUUACAAAUCCGGGUUCUGUAAAGAUCAAUGUCAAGGGUGCUUUCAUCGUCGAAGAUGAGGAAGAAUCGCCAUCUCCUCCUAAUGGCACGCCAAUAGAUGGUGUUCACUAUGAACGCAAAGAUAUCCGUCUGCCUCACCACACUGCCGUUGUGAGCCAUGUUGCCGUCGAUAUCGGAGGUUCCCUAGCAAAACUAGUUUAUUUCUCCAAGGAAAUUGGGUCGCCGGAUAACGGAGGACGCUUGAAUUUUAUGAAUUUCGAGACCGAUCGGAUCGAUCUAUGUAUUGAGUUCAUAAAGGAGUUGAAAGAACGCCAUGAAAGAAACUAUGUCACUUCCCCCGGCGAGCUCUGCGUCAUGGCCACCGGCGGUGGCGCUUUCAAGUAUUACGACCGCAUGAAGGAAGCUUUGGGGAUUAAUGUGCUUCGUGAGGAUGAAAUGGAAUGUCUGAUUAUUGGGCUGGAUUGGUUCAUAACUCAGAUCCCGAACGAGGUAUUCACGUACAGUGAGGCCGUUCCAACGGAGUUUGUAGAACCUCGACCGGAUGUCUAUCCGUAUUUGCUUGUAAAUAUUGGCUCUGGGGUGUCAAUGGUUAAAGUUUCUGAACCAAGACAGUUCCAGCGUGUGGGAGGAACUUCUCUGGGAGGUGGCACGUUUUGGGGCAUAGUGUCCCUGCUAACUGGAUCGCGGACUUUUGAUGACAUGCUGGCUAUGGCAGAUAAAGGCGACAACAGUGGUGUUGACUUGCUCGUCGGAGAUAUCUACGGCACCGAUUAUGGAAAGAUUGGAUUGAAGGCUACCACUAUUGCUAGCACUUUUGGGAAGGUCUUCAAGAUGAAGAGGCUUGCCGAGCGGCAUGCUGCGGUUGGAGGGGUUACUUUACAAACUGAAAGUGACUCGGAUACAGACCCUUCCCAGUUCAGCCAUGAGGAUAUGAGUCGAAGUUUGUUGUACGCUAUCAGUAACAAUAUCGGCCAAAUCGCGUAUCUCCAAUCCGAAAAGCACAAGAUAAAACAUAUUUACUUUGGCGGAUCCUUUAUCCGGGGCCACCGCCAGACGAUGAACACGCUCUCCUAUGCCAUUAGAUUUUGGUCAAGUGGAGAGAAACAGGCAUAUUUCUUGCGGCAUGAAGGGUACCUUGGUGCUGUUGGAGCAUUCCUUAAGAGGAAGCCCGAAACCUGGGGGCGCAGGAAAAGCCUGGAAGACGCAGUUGCUUUUGACUACGCUGGUUGCCGGGAGAAUCUGCGUAGGUGUGCUACGAAUGAAGAACGGCGGUUUGGAGAGACAUAA